AUGUCUGCCAUGAAGAUAACAGGUGUCUUUUUGCUCCUCAGCCUGGCAUUUCUUUGCUUAGCAAAUGCUGCCAGGCAGGAUAAGAUAGACUGCAGUGAAUAUAAGAGGUUACAGAGAGGAAGACCUAUUUACUGUGAAAAACUCUAUCAACCUUUUUGUGGCUCUGAUGGAAAAACAUAUAACAACAAAUGUACUUUCUGCAAAGCAGUCCUGAGAAGCAGAGACACCUUACAUAUGAGACAAGCAGGGCCAUGCUGA